GGGGCGCCAUGGCGAAGAAAUCCAAGAACAAGAGAUCCAGCAAGAGGCGGAAUCCGGCGGCGGAGCUCACCGACGACCUCCUCGUCGAGAUCCUCUCCCGCCUCCCGGCCAAGUCUGUCUGCCGAUGCAGGUGCGUGUCCAGGCGCUGGGAUGGCCUCAUCGCCGACCCGCACCACCGCAAGAAGCUGCCCCAAACCCUCGCCGGCUUCUUCUGCCGCAGCGAGAACGAGGGGCGCUUCCCCGAGGAAGCGCAGCAUUUCGUCAAUGUCACCGGCAGGGGCCGGCCUCGCGUCCACCCGUCGCUCUCCUUCCUGCCUCGCCUUCAGCGCGUCAGGGUGGUGGACAGCUGCGGCGGCCUCCUCCUCUGCCGGUGCUACGUGAGCGCCCAUGCCUUCCGCUACGUCGUCUGCAAUCCCUCCACCGAUCAAUGGGUCGCCUUGCCGGAGUCCGGCUACUGCCCCGAGGGCGGCGGCGAUGAGUUCUGCACCCGUUUGGGCUUCGACCCCGCCGUCUCCUCGCAUUUCCAUGUCUUCGAGUUUGUGAUAUAUGAUGGUGAAUAUGUGGAUGGGGUGAAGAUCUUCUCUUCGGCAACCCGGGGAUGGAAUUACAGUGAAAGCAAAUGGUUCCCUGAAUACACCAUAUCUUAUGAUCAAAGAAGUGUGUUUUUCAAUGGCAUUCUGUAUAUGAUCACCGGCCCGAGUAUAGUUGCGGUAGACGCGGAGGGGGCGACAUGGUGGGACAAGCCGGUGCUGGAGAUGGAAGACGAGCCGGAUAUGAUUGGUUGGUGGCCUUGUUUUAUUGGUAAAUCCCAAGGGAAGGUCUUCUACUUCAGUGAACGCGGCAUUUACCCUUUCAACCGGUCAUUGUCGAUAUGGGUUCUUGAGGACUAUUCGAAGGAUGAAUGGACAUGGAAGCAUAAUGUAACUACUGAGGAGCUGUCUGAGAAGAUAAACUGCAAGUGCAAAACCGGCUUCGACUUCGAUGACUUAUACUACUUCCAUGUGGUCACAGUUCACCCAGAUUGCAAUUUGAUUUACUAUAGUUUCGGCAGAGACCGCACACUGAUGGCAUAUGACAUGGAUAGUGAGGAAUCGCAUGUUAUUCAGAAGCUAGGGUCAGAUUUCAAGUUGGAGUUUGUUCCCUAUGUUCCAUUCUACUGAUCAGAAACGUUGUCUAUGGUUCGUUAAGUUUUUUUUUGUGUGUGUAUUGUUGCUUGGCAUUUGUUCCCUUAAAUGAUGUUUAGACCUUUCAGAAUCUAUGUACAUGGGUCUUUUGUGAAGAUCAGCAUGAAUGCUUUUCCACUUAUCAAUUGUGAAAUGUUGGUUUGCUAUUAGUCUAUUGAACAAAAAAUGUUCAUGUUUGUUAGUAGCAAUCACUGUAGGAAUGUGAAAUUUUAGACCGAUGCUUCUGUUUCUUAGAGUUUGAGAUGUAUCAAUUCUGACAACAUUACUCACUUGUGCUGCUGUUAAGUAUCAGGUUUGAUCCAGUGAAUAUUAGAGGAAAGUACAUGUAUUUUCAUAUCAAAGCAUUCGGGGGUAGCAGUAACAUGCUUAUGUGAU